AUGGCGGGACAAGAGGAUCCGGUGCAGUGGGAGAUUCACGAGGACUGGGCGAACCGGGAGUACAUUGAGGUCAUCACCAGCAGCAUCAAGAAAAUCGCAAACUUUCUCAACUCAUUCGAUAUGUCUUGUCGCUCAAGACUCGCAACAAUAAACGAGAAACUGACAGCUCUUGAACGGAGAAUAGAGUACAUACAAACCAGGGUGACAAAAGGUGAAACCCUCACCUAGGACUGUGCCAGGCUGCUGCUGGGAAGCUUACUCUUACAGCAGGCAGCCUCUCGUGGGAAAGGCCCCAGCAGCCUUCAACUCCUUCCU